UUUCGGUUUCCUUUUUGUUGUUGGCCUCGUGGUGUUUACAUCGCCAGGAAGUCCAUCGUGCGACCUCAGUCAUGGAAAAUGAUGCUAAAGAGAUUGUAGAUAUGUACAUUCCCAGAAAGUGCUCUACCUCAAACCGCAUUAUCCACGCAAAGGAUCAUGCUUCAAUUCAGCUCGAGCUCGCCAUGCUCAACGAAAGCGGUAGCACCACUUAUAAGACAAAAGCUUUAGCCAUUUGCGGCGCUAUCCGUCGUAUGGGGGAGUCCGAUGAUUGCGUCAACCGACUGGCAAAAGAUUAUAGAAUGCUACCCCAGAACUUCUGAAAUAUUUGUUUAUGUAAAGAAUAAAUCGGGUAUUAGCGAAGCCGAGAGUUGGCAGCAUUAGAGUGCUGAGUCUUCCCGUGCUUCAAGAGAGCCUGACGCGAA